AUGAGCAUCAAUAACUCUAAAACAUUAUUAAAUUCAACGGACGAUAAUGAUUUCGCUCUCGUCUCAGACGAUGAAUUUACAUCAAACAUAUUUGUGCAAUUUAUCAUUUGUUUAUUUUAUUUAACAUUUUUUGUGCUCGGUAUAUUCGGUAAUGUUCUAGUGUGUUUUGUGGUAGCAAGAAAUUCACAGAUGCACACAGUUACGAAUCUUUUUAUAACAAACUUAGCAGUGAGUGAUAUUUUAUUGUGUAUUUUGGCAGUUCCAUUUACACCCUUGUAUACUUUUCUCGGGCGUUGGGUGUUUGGCGAGAGUUUGUGUCAUCUAGUCCCCUAUGCUCAGGGUGUUAGUAUCUACAUUAGUACUUUGACAUUAACCAGUAUAGCAGUUGAUCGAUUUCUAGUGAUUAUUUAUCCAUUUCAUCCACGUAUGAAAAUUAAAUGUUGCCUAUCAGUGAUAAUUGGUAUAUGGAUAGUGGCAUUAUUUUUAACACUUCCGUAUGGUAUAUACAUGACUUUAGAAGAACCGAAUUUUUAUUGUGAAGAACACUGGCCAAGUCAACGAUUCCGAGUGAUCUUCAGUUUAGUGACGUCAAUUCUUCAGUUCGUUGUACCUUUUUUUGUGAUAACUUUCUGCUACAUUUGUGUGUCCAUUAGGUUAAAUGAUCGUGCUAAAUCAAAACCGGGAAGCAAAACAAGUAGACGUGAAGAAGCUGAUCGUGAAAGAAAAAGAAGAACAAAUUUUAUGUUGAUAGCUAUGGUGACUAUUUUUGGUGUGUGUUGGUUACCACUUAAUAUAGUCAAUAUUGUUGAUGACUCUUAUGCAUCAUUAAUUCAUUGGUCAUAUUACCGACUCUGUUUCUUUAUUACUCACUGUCUGGCAAUGAGUAGUACGUGCUAUAAUCCACUUUUAUAUGCCUGGCUUAAUGAAAAUUUUCGUAAAGAAUUUAAACAGGUUUUGCCCUGCUUUUCAAGAUUCUCUGCAAGCUUCACUCCACGAACUACUGAAGCUUUUAGAAGUGAGAAACUUUACAAUGACAAUGACGCAACACAAGGGAACCUACCUAGUCUAACUGUUAAAUCAAAUCCUGAUCUAUUAGGUGAAUGUAUUCCACUUGAAUUGAAGCCUGGAUCAACAUUCCAAGCAACAAGCCAUGUAAUUAAUGAAUCUACUGACGUUGAAGAUGUUCUUCUAUAAAAACUACAUCAAAUGAAAAGCUGUCCGAAUAUUAUGAAUGGUAGGGGCAUUUUUCAAAUUAACUUUCAUCAUCAAAGUAAAGAAGAAACAGAAUGAAUAAUUCAAAUUGUAAAUGUUGGAUUUUGUAAUUAUAAACUGCCAACCUAGAAAGUAAUAAAAUGAGCAUUUAUUCACAAGAUGGAAUUAAAAGAAAAAAAAAAAAUUAGUGUUGAAGUGAAAUCGAAAUUAUUAUAGCUAAGUUAUAAAAAUAAUGAUAUAAUAAUAUAAAAGAAUAAUUUAUCUAAUUAAUAAAAAAAAUUUGAA